UAUCCGGAGGAGCAGCUAGGAGUCCGAUUUUCAAUGCUUUCUGUGUUCCUGGCUCCCUGCUGAAGGGGCUGUCACCUUCUGCCAUCUACACAGCCUCAGGAAAACAAACAGACCUCACACCUUCCAGAUCACUUUUUCUUCUAGGAAACUAUUGAGCACAGGAAUAAAGAUGGCUGUUCAACUAAAAGAAAUAAAUUGCAUCGACUUUGUGGGAAUAAAAUUUAUUGACAAUAUACUUUACUUUAAAGCUGAAGAUUAUGAAAAUUUGGAAUCCGAUUUCUUUGGGAAGCUCGAACCUAGAUUUUCAAUCAUGCGAAAUGUGAACAACCAAGUUCUCUUCAUUUACAAGGGAGAGUAUCCUGUGUUUGAAGAUUUGACUGAUUCUGAGUGUCAAGAUAAUGCAUCCCAGACUAAAAUUAUCAUGUAUAUAUAUAAAGAUAGCCUCACUAGAGGUAUGGCAGUAACCCUCUCUGUGAAGUGUGGUGACAUUUUUACUCUCUCCUGUGAGAACAAAGUUAUUUCCUUUAAGAGAAUGAGUCCUCCUGAUAAUAUCAAUGAUGAAGGAAAUGACAUCAUAUUCUUUAUGAAAAGUAUUCAGGGACAUGACAAUAAGAUGCAGUUUGAGUCUUCAUUGUACAAAGGAUAUUUUCUAGCUUGUGAAAAGGAGCAGGAUCUUUACAAACUCAUUUUGAAAGAAAAAGACCAACAUGGGGAUGACUCUGUAAUGUUCAUUGUUCAAUACAAUAAAUAGAUAUUAAAAUUU